AUGCUGGAGCCGGCAACGUGGCACGGCAAUGCUGUGCCGAAGAGCAAAUGCGGCACUCGUUCAAACAGCCAGUGCCUCAAAAGGUUGACAUACCUUCGUUUGAGCAGCCUUGGCCGUGGUUCCUGCGAACCUAGACCUCCCAGGUUGAGCCUUCUCAUACGUCGCGAUGCUGGGCUUGAGGAUCCACCAAGGACGUCGGAAGGCAUGGAUCACAUUUUGCAAACGAUGGAGGUUGCAUGGCGACAAGUGAACACUGCUCGUGGCAGCACUGUCAAGUUGGCCAACCCAGAGCACAAUUUGCUGGUGAGCUUGGAAUGCGCGAGGGACUUCAUGCUGGGCCUUCUUACAGAGCCGGACCCUGGACGGCAACGCCUGGCAGAGAUUUUUGGAGGUGAUUGCAGCAGAAUUGCGCGAGUCAGGGCAAUUCUGGAUGGUGCGACUCUUUCUCAUAGAAAUUGCACCGACGAUCGCAUCUCAUCUUGCAUGAGCGCCGCGAAAACGGUAGAAGCUGUGCUGAAGAAGGACUGUGGUGUUGGUCGGCGGUUGUCGGAGGCCCAGCAGAAAGAGCUGACACGACUGCGUGAGCGACAGAGUCGGUUCCAAGCCAGACAUCUGCGUGGCGAGUUUUCGCCAUUGAGCAAGAAUGGAAGCCCAUCGCAGUCCAGGUCGUCGUGGUUCGGAUUUGAAGCAGAAACAACCGGAUCAGCAGACGAUGCACUACCUCCAAGACCGCGCGCCGGUUCUGCACCCUCACUGCGCAGUGAACUGGGGCAGUCAGUCUCCUCGUUCCACCAAAGCUGGCAGGCUCUGCGCGAUCACUGGGAAUCGGGGAACCUCUUCCGCAACCCCUGGGCGAUUUCGUCAACGGAUGACGGGUGCAAAGGAGGACGAGACAGUUCUGCGACAUGCUCACGUCGCAGCACAUUGGAGGCAGCCGAGCCAACGGCGGGUGCAGACAGCUGGUCUGGCUUGGACUUGGUGGCGGAUCCAACACUUGAUGAUGCAGACCCGUGCGAGGCACCAGGCGACCAAAGCUCCAAAGAAGACCCCUGCAUUUCGGAAUUCAAGAACGAGGCGAUGCCCACCACAGACUUCUGCAAGAAUGAUUCACUAGGAGGAAGAAUCAUUUGUCCGUUGUUAAUUCCAAAGCUCAUUGACAAGUUCGUGUUGGUGGACGAGUCCCAAACGGCAACCGGUUCUGCUUAUGCAGAAAAAGAUAGAUCGAAAAGUGCCGAGGAGCCUAGCGUUAAGCCGAGUGAGACCCCGUCAACGUGGGUCGAAGACGAGCCGGAUGCUGUGGCAGUUGGCUCGACUGAUUGGGACGAAACUGUCAAAGAUGGAGCUGUCAGCACAACUUCGGACACGCCCCGGGCGCAGAGUCUCGACAAGCCGCGAAGCUUUGAAAGCGCAUCCUGCAAAUCUGCCGGAGUCCACCUCGACUCAUUGGGAAUGGAAGAUGUGACGCUGGAGAGUCCGCUAUUCGGAGAAGUUGGGGAGCAAUCUGCCGAAGGGGAUCCUGGAGCUAGCCCCGCACCUGCUCGCUUGGACUUCGCGCCUCCGCACAGCGACGUGGCCAAAACCGCGGCAGCUGCAGAAGAGACUGGCGGCAUCUCCACCGAGUCCAACGACCGUCCUGCGCCCGGUUCCUUCAAGCAGACGUCGGAAUGCGACAGUCUGCAGCGUUUGCUGCCGGCAGAACCUGAUGCAGAUUGGCGCCAGGUUGGCCAGGAUGCCAUGGAAGCUGGCGCUCCCAACGCCGAAACUGGCCGGUCUCAGAGUGAGACCCCGUCAACAUGGGUCGAAGACGAGCCGGAUGCUGUGGCAGUUGGCUCGACUGAUUGGGACGAAACUGUCAAAGAUGGAGCUGUCAGCGCAACUUCGGAGACACCCCGGGCGCAGAGUCUCGACAAGCCGCGAAGCUUUGAAAGCGCAUCCUGCAAAUCAGCCAGAGUCCACCUCGACUCACUGGGAAUGGAAGAUGUGACGCUGGAGAGUCCACUAUUCGGAGAAGUUGGGGAGCAAUCUGCCGAAGGGGAUCCUGGAGCUAGCCCCGCACCUGCUCGCUUGGACUUCGCGCCUCCGCACAUCGACGUGGCCAAAACGACGGCAGCUGCAGAAGAGACUGGCGGCAGCCUCUCCACCAAGCCAGAUGGGCGCCCUGAGGGCGGCCCCGCGAAGGGAGUGGAGCUGCAACUCGGUGUAAGCGCCAGCAUGAAAGAGGUGUGA